AUGUGUGAGGAGAUUGGUAAUUUGGAGAAGUGUAAGACCGGUAAAAUCAUAGGCUCAGCCGGAGUGCAAAAGCUGAAGGAGCAACAUCCGAAGAUGCGUCUGAUCCCAGCACGCUGGGUGUGUGCUCGGAAGACUGAAACGAAGGUCCGAAGCCGCAUUGUGGCAAAGGAUCUGGCGCAUGGUUCAGCUCGGAAGGCUGGCUUUAGCAGCCCUACUCCGAGUCAUGAUGCCUUUAUGCUGACGUUGAUCAUGAUGGCAGUGCAUAACCUUGCAGGCUGUGGUCUGGAUGUGAGCCAUGCGUUCAUGCACAGCCCUCUCACUUCAAAGGUGCCGAUUGUUCUGAAAAUGCCUUUGUCAGUCAGUCUUCCGGAUGGAUCGCCUGCUUACUUUCUGUUGUAUGCUGCCUUGAAUGGGCUAAGGGAUGCUUCACAGGCUUGGCUUUACCUUCUGUCGGAGCUCAUAAAGCCUCUCCAUCUGCUGAGUGACGAGCGUGAACCAUGUUUGUUCACGGGAUGGCUAGAGCCCGAAGGGGAUUGUCCUGGAGGUCGGGCUAUCGUGCUGUGUUACGUCGACGAUGUCUUGGUGAUCUCUGAUAGCGCUUCUGUGGAGAGGCGGAUCAUUGCAGCCAUCCAGAGUAGAGUUCCAGUGAAGAUCACCGGGAGGAUUCAUCAAGACAUCAAUGGAGGGGGAUCCAUCACUUUCAUUGGUCGCAUCAUUAGGAGAUGGCCGGGGACAUCAACGGUUGAAGUGUUUGUCCGAACUGACUAUUUGGUGCCGUGUUGGGAGGCUUACCAGAUUAAGAAGGGUUCGAGUGCGUUUCCCAACAUCGCCGUCUUGCUGGAGGAACACGCAAAUAGCAAGCCGUUGAGCCCAGAGGCCUAUUCGAGUUUCUUCCGUGCCUGGAUGAUCAACGAUCUCGUCUUUGUGUCUUCGCUGACGCUUCUCAC